CCUGUCCUGAUACGCGCGAAACUUUGGUAACAGCAAUGGCGUCUUCUGCAGGUUGUCGGGGUACAAAGCGCAAAGCGGAGGUCCGAGCAGAGAAGGAGAAACCACCUGUAGAGGAGAAGAAAGACAGAGGAGAUGUGGAGAUUGUCCAGGAAGGCCAAAGGGUGGUCAUUGAACACUGUAAGAGCUGACGAGUGUAUGGGCGUAAUGCCGAGGAGGUGAAAUCUGCCCUUCUAGCUGCCCACCCUGGACUUACAGUGGUUUUCAACCCAGUUAAACCUCGUAGGAACAGCUUCGAAAUCUCUCUGCUCGAUGGAGACAAAGAAACAUCACUGUGGACUGGGAUAAAGAAAGGCCCGCCUCGUAAACUGAAGUUUCCACAACCUGAUGUUGUAGUUGAUGCGCUACAAGAAGCUUUGGAGGCCAAGUAGGCACUCUGUGAAGCCAAAUGUUUCGGGGAUGUGGCCAGUGGAAGCAGAAUGAUGAGGAGGGACCAACGGGGAUUUUCUCUGUCCCUCCUCUGAUGACCGAGGCUCCAGCAGCUCACAUUCUCUGAUCAAAUGGUGACACCUAGUGGAGUGUCUUUCUCCCAACACAUUUCUCACAAGCGCAGUCCUGCUGUUGUUUCUUCAAGUGUUCCCCCCCCCCCAUUUCUCAAACGUUUAUAGUUUUGUUGUGUCUGUUUUUGUUUAAUAAAGAGUUUGUAAUUUCUAAA